UUCAUUCCUAAAGGGCUGGUUCUGGCUCCUCGGACACAGCUCAAAGACGUAGCUAGGAUACAUUUGUGUGCGUCUCAGGGAAAGAGAGAGAGAGAGAGAGAACGAGAGGAAGGGAGAGAGAGAGAGAGAGAGAGAGAGAGAGAGAGAGAGAGAGAGAGAGAGAGAGAGAGAGAGAGAGAGAGAGAGAGACAGAGAGAGAGAGAGGGAGUGAGGGAUAGAGCAGGCUAAAUGAGUGUAGACCUCUCUAGCUGAUCCGGGAGGUGGUUAUGCUACUUAGCCCGUCAUGUGAUUGCCCUGGGCUUGUUAUCCUUCGGUUUUUCUUAUUAUCAUUUUUGUUGUUAACUUGAUUUUCAGAAGCAGCCUCCCCACCAGGGCAGGGAAGGCAAGUAGAAUAGGACUUGUAAUCAAAUACCGGUCGUGCGUUUGUUUAGUAGGGUAGGCUGGGGGCUUCUGCAGGGUGGUGGACCCGAACACAAGCUUCCUGUGGAGACUCACUACCAUCUAGCAGAGACGACAGCGGAACACCUUUAAUACUUGUUUGGAGACGUCCAGAGAAAGAGUUCUCUCUCUUCCCCUGGGUCGUUGCCGCUGGUUCUUCUUUUCAGUCCUUCUACAAAGAAGAGGAUUUCAAGGAAUAUAAUAUAUGCCACAUAUUAAAAGGUCUCAAAUGCUCGGUUAACAAUGGGAUCUACGAACCACUGAAGAGCCUCUGACAAAGGAACAAGGGAAACUAGAGAAAAGGAGAGGAGAAAAGGAGAGAGGAAAGGAGAGAGGAAAGGAGAGGAGAAAAGGAGAGAGGAAAGGAGAGGAGAAAAGGAGAGGAGAAAAGGAGAGGAGAAAAGGAGAGGAGAAAAGGAGAGAGGAAAGGAGAGGAGAAAAGGAGAGAGAGGGAAAUCAAAGGAGAGGGGACUCUCAGGGAGAGAGAGAGAGCGAGAAGGAGCCCCUAUUGAAAAGAAAAGCGGAGGUUGGGUCGGGUAGGAUCAGCUUUGUGUCUGUCGGUGUGUGGUUGGGUUGCAUGCUGUCCUCUCCAGAGGACAUCCUCCUUUGUGUGAGAGCUAGUUAACAAAAGACAAAGAAUGCCCAAUAAACAGAGAGGAGAGUGUCGAGCGGAGGAGGAGGCUAGAGCGUGGAUGCCUGGUCUGGGGAGCUUAGCUGUGGGUUGCAGGGCUAGUGUGUUGCUGCUACUGGCUCUCAUGGUAACUCUGGCUCAAGGGGCCUGGCCACUGGAUCAAUCCCAGGGACAGGUGGAAGUGCUGGGGGACAUGAUGGUGGACGGACCCGGGGAGCUGGAGGCCUCCAUGCACUCCUCCAUACUGUCAGACUUCCAGGCGGUGGAGUCCUUGGACCCGGUGGCGGAUGCAGUACAGCAGUCUGCAGUAGGAGCAAGGGGAGUGUCAGGAUUCCCUGACUCGUCUGCUGUGGUUGGCCAGGUGUUUCAGAUGAAGGUUCCGGUGAAGACGGACCAUACCAGGAACAUGGUGAAGAUAACUGAGUCAGGCAAGGAGACGCUACCAACAUGGCUGCACUGGGACUGGGAGAGAAACGUCCUACAGGGUCUACCACUGGGUGAGGACAAGGGUGUCCACUAUAUCUCCGUCUCCGCAUCCAAUGGCAGCCAGGAUAUCUUCUCCAUCGAGGUGCACCCAGAGGAACAUGCUGACACUGACCCGAUCCAGGUAGCCAUCCAGUCAGCGUCCAACAACGAGGUAGAGCCAUUCGUCUGUGGCAACGAGGAGCCGGUGACGGUGCUCACAGUGAUUCUGGAUGCCGACCUCACCAAGAUGAGCUCCAGGCAGAGGGUGGAGCUGCUGGACAAGAUGAAGAAGUUCUCUGGCGUGGAGCUACAGCACAUGAAGAUACUUCCCGUGGUCAACAACAGAUUGUUCGAUAUGUCCGCCUUCAUGGCCGGACCGGGAAAUGCCAAAAAGGUGGUGGAGAACGGAGCCCUGUUAUCCUGGAAGCUGGGGUGUUCCCUGGACCAGAGUAACGUCCCUAAUAUUAGUAGUGUCCAGGCGCCGGCUAAAGAGGGCACUAUGUCGGCUCAGUUGGGAUAUCCGGUCGUCGGUUGGCACAUCGCCAACAAGAAGCCUCAUAUCCCAAAACGGGUGAGGCGCCAGCUCAACAAUACCCCUACUCCUGUUCUAGCUCUGCUUCCCCCAACGUCUGUCGUCGAGCCCCCUGUUCGCAUUGUACCCACCCUAUCGUCACCUGCCAUUGCAGCCCCCACAGACAGCUCUGCCCCACCCAUGAGAGGGCCUGUGCCCUUGCCCAUGAAGCCCACGAUCCGUGUCAGAGACUCUUAUUCCCACACUCCCACUCUGGGUGCACCCCUGCCAACCAGAGUGAUGGAGUCCACUAGUACCAUCUCCAUUGAACCCACCAUGACCAGGCAUACUGUUGUGGAAGCCACGCUGACACUCCCUCCACCCAUCACAGUCGCCACCAGAAAGCCAACCAAGAAACCAAAGAGACCGAAGACCACUCCGAUGCCAAGGGAGCCCAAGACCACCACAGCCAAACCAGCCAGGCGCACUACCCCGUCGUCCAUCGUGCCUGACCCAAGAAACGAGAAACCAGAUCUCCGCAACCCCAUCGAUCAGGUCAAUGCCUUCGUGGGCACAUAUUUUGAAGUGAAAAUUCCAUCCGAUACUUUCUUUGACAAGGAGGACGGUACGACAGACAAGUUGAGGUUGACAUUGAGGAUGAACCACAACGAAGUGGUCGGAGAUGAUUCCUGGAUACAGUUCAAUAGCACAAGUCAGCUGCUGUAUGGUCUACCUGACUCGAACCACAUCGGGAAGCACGAGUACUUCAUGCAGGCCACCGAUAAGGGCGGUCUGAACGCAAUCGAUGCCUUUGAGGUCCGUGUGAACCGCUGGGCUCCCAAUGAUAAGUCCCCGGUCUUGUUCCAGGCUCGUUUCCACGGGGAACCUCACCAAGUGACCAACGACAUCCACAAGAAGAUUUUGCUCAUCAAGAAACUGGCGUACUCGUUCGGGGACCGCAACAGCAGCACGAUCACCCUGAGGAACAUCACCAAGGGAUCCAUCAUGGUGGAGUGGACCAACAACAGCCUCCAGCAGAACCCCUGUCCCAAGGAGCAGAUUCAGACCAUGUCCAGGAGGAUCUCUAACGCCCAGGGAAGGCCCUCCCAGACAUUCAUCUCCACCAUGGAGCCUGAAUUCAAACCCAUCGACAUCAAGGUCAAAGGGACAGCUGCCUGCCGGAACUACAUGUUCGUGCCGCCGAGUGAAAUCACCAUUCCUUUACCCCCGGCCGUCACCCCGGCGCUCGGCGCCGGACGCCAGAGCACGGACGACGUCUACCUUCACACGGUCAUCCCUGCGGUAGUGGUGGCGGCCAUCUUGCUGAUCGCCGGCAUCAUCGCCAUGAUCUGCUACCGUAAAAAGCGCAAAGGAAAGCUGACCAUCGAGGACCAGGCUACCUUCAUCAAGAAGGGGGUACCCAUCAUUUUCGCAGACGAGCUUGACGACUCCAAGCCCCCUCCGUCCUCCUCCAUGCCCCUCAUCCUGCAGGAGGAGAAACCCCCACUGCCCCCGCCUGAGUACCCCAACAUGACCAGUCCAGAGACCACCCCCCUGAACCAGGACCUUCUGGGGGAGUACACAGCUCUGAGGGAUGAGGAUCCCAAUGCCCCUCCCUACCAGCCUCCACCCCCUUUCACUGUCCCCAUGGAAGGUAAAGGCUCUCGUCCAAAGAACAUGACCCCCUACAGAUCCCCACCACCUUACGUGCCACCCUAAGGUUAGCUGGCUCCUCCAGAGGAGGAGAGGGGAAGCAGGGGGGACUUGUAACCGUCUCACACCAGUGUUGUCUGUUUGGAAAUAAGGGGUGGGAGGAGGAGGGUAGAGGCUCUGCAAAGUGGCAAUGAACUUCGGACAUUUUGGGUUGGGAGGGUUUUGGGCUGAUCUGAUCAAGGCUGAGUUAAAGUUGAAUGAUGGGAGGGAGAACUAGGUGGUAGCCUCGGCAACAAUAGCCACAACAAUGACACUAUUCAGUCUCUCGUCAUCUCAUUGGUUACAGCUGAACAGCUAGAUUGAGAAGACACGCCCCUCCUGUCCCAGCAGCUUUUUUCUCCAUUUGAAACUAAAUGGCCUUUUGUUUUAUUUUGUGUCUUUUGGUUGGUUCUUCUGUUUUUGACUUGACUUUAAGAUCAAACUACUUGCCUUUUUUUAAUCUUCUUUUAUCUUGAAUAAUACAAGAGGACAAUAAACAAACACACUGCAGGCAAAAAGGUUUUUAAUGAUGAGAUAGAGAGUUCUAUGAAUGAAAACAAACACAACAUAAUCAGGUUGAUCUGCAGACAGUUAAACACAGUGGUUGAUCGAUGUGGCGGUGGCUGUUUGGAUUCAAUAAGGUUUGCCUUUUAACACUAAUUGUAUGUUUUUACCCUUAUUCACACAAUGUCUAGUCAAGAUGAGCAUAACAAGGGAAGAAUUAGAAAUUAGUAUUAAAAAAAGUUGUUGUUUUAUUUUUUACUUAAUAUCUUUAAGGUUAGAUUAGAUUCGUUUGUUUUGGUGGUGGAGCAGAUCUCCUGACUGAAAUAGCCUGCAGGAUCUCUUUUUCCCCCAAUCAGAAAGGAACGGUACACCUAGUAGGUAGGCCUAGUCAGGGUUAGUGAACGUUAACAUGGAAGGCUAUGACAACCAGAUGGGUACCAUGGCCUGGUUAUUAUCAGAUGGUUACCCUGGCCUGGUUAUUAUCAGAUGGUUACCCUGGCCUGGUUAUGACCAGAUGGGUACCCUGGCCUGGUUAUUAUCAGAUGGUUACCCUGGCCUGGUUAUUAUCAGAUGGUUACCCUGGCCUGGUUAUUAUCAGAUGGUUACCCUGGCCUGGUUAUUAUCAGAUGGUUACCCUGGCCUGGUUAUUAUCAGAUGGGUACCCUGGCCUGGUUAUGACCAGAUGGUUACCCUGGCCUGGUUAUUAUCAGAUGGUUACCCUGGCCUGGUUAUUAUCAGAUGGGUACCCUGGCCUGGUUAUUACCAGAUGGGUACCCUGGCCUGGUUAUUAUCAGAUGGUUACCCUGGCCUGGUUAUGACCAGAUGGUUACCCUGGCCUGGUUAUUAUCAGAUGGUUACCCUGGCCUGGUUAUUAUCAGAUGGUUACCCUGGCCUGGUUAUGACCAGAUGGUUACCCUGGCCUGGUUAUUAUCAGAUGGUUACCCUGGCCUGGUUAUUAUCAGAUGGUUACCCUGGCCUGGUUAUUAUCAGAUGGGUACCCUGGCCUGGUUAUGACCAGAUGGUUACCCUGGCCUGGUUAUUAUCAGAUGGGUACCCUGGCCUGGUUAUGACCAGAUGGUUACCCUGGCCUGGUUAUUAUCAGAUGGUUACCCUGGCCUGGUUAUUAUCAGAUGGGUACCCUGGCCUGGUUAUUACCAGAUGGGUACCCUGGCCUGGUUAUUAUCAGAUGGUUACCCUGGCCUGGUUAUUAUCAGAUGGGUACCCUGGCCUGGUUAUGACCAGAUGGUUACCCUGGCCUGGUUAUUAUCAGAUGGUUACCCUGGCCUGGUUAUUAUCAGAUGGGUACCCUGGCCUGGUUAUUACCAGAUGGGUACCCUGGCCUGGUUAUUAUCAGAUGGUUACCCUGGCCUGGUUAUGACCAGAUGGUUACCCUGGCCUGGUUAUUAUCAGAUGGUUACCCUGGCCUGGUUAUUAUCAGAUGGUUACCCUGGCCUGGUUAUGACCAGAUGGUUACCCUGGCCUGGUUAUUAUCAGAUGGUUACCCUGGCCUGGUUAUUAUCAGAUGGGUACCCUGGCCUGGUUAUGACCAGAUGGUUACCCUGGCCUGGUUAUUAUCAGAUGGGUACCCUGGCCUGGUUAUGACCAGAUGGUUACCCUGGCCUGGUUAUUAUCAGAUGGUUACCCUGGCCUGGUUAUUAUCAGAUGGGUACCCUGGCCUGGUUAUUACGAGAUGGGUACCCUGGCCUGGUUAUUAUCAGAUGGGUACCCUGGCCUGGUUAUUAUCAGAUGGUUACCCUGGCCUGGUUAUUACCAGAUGGUUACCCUGGCCUGGUUAUGACCAGAUGGUUACCCUGGCCUGGUUAUGACCAGAUGGUUACCCUGGCCUGGUUAUUAUCAGAUGGUUACCCUGGCCUGGUUAUGACCAGAUGGUUACCCUGGCCUGGUUAUUAUCUGAUGGUUACCCUGGCCUGGUUAUUACCAGAUGGUUACCCUGGCCUGGUUAUGACCAGAUGGUUACCCUGGCCUGGUUAUUAUCAGAUGGUUACCCUGGCCUGGUUAUUACCAGAUGGUUACCCUGGCCUGGUUAUGACCAGAUGGUUACCCUGGCCUGGUUAUUAUCAGAUGGUUACCCUGGCCUGGUUAUGACCAGAUUUCUUGUUUUUUACUUUGCCUGAGUUUCCCAAAGCCACCCAAAAUCAUUCAAGAGAGAAAUAUAAGACAAUACAAUGCCCCUUUUUAACUUUUCUUGUUUAAAAUGGGUUAAAAUGAUGCGAAUAUGAUCAUAACAUUGACCAUUUGAAUGCCAUUUUGCCUUUAUAUGGUGACAAGUGUCUUCUGUAAAUAACGAUGGAUCGGCCUGUGUGUAUUUUUAGUCCCAAAAAAACAACGUUUUGUGUAAAUCAGAUAUGGAAAAAGCCUCCUGCAGUUUAUUUUAGACAAGGGGUAAUUUAUUUUUUUAUGUAGUGAUGAUACUCUUGUUUUCACAGUUUAUGCGGUAAAACAGUUUAGGGCCGUUGAGAGUGAUUGAGAAUGUCCUGAAAGGGAUACAACAUGUAUUCACAACUCAAAGGUCAUUGUUGAGAGGAGGGUAGGAGAGUUAGAGAGAGAAAGAAAGAAAUGGGAAUAAUAACAAUAACAAGAUUAGCAGAAAACACAGAAAAAAAUGGUUGAUAAAAUCUCUUAUCUAAUUUUUUAACAACGUUUUUGAUACAGCAUCAAAUUGUUUAAAAAAAAUAAUCUAUAAAUACAUGAAUAGUGUACUGCAAUUUGUAAAAUCUUAGAGUAGAGAAUUGAUUCCUUAUUAUAUACCUUUUCUCAUUGGUCACCUAUUUCAAGCGAUUUUUUUUUUUGAUUUUGCCAUAUUGUCGAAUUGAAAUGUACCUCCUGUUAUACAGAAUGACCCAUUUUAUGUAAUCACACAUUUUAUUUAAUGUUCAAAUUCUUCACUAACGACUUUGAAAGUGACCCUUUGCAAUAAUGUAAGGAGCUGCCUGGUGGUGGUGGUGGUGAGUGGUCAAUGCAGGUUAGAUGAGUGAUGAUGUACUACACGCAUAAUGAUGUGCACGCAUAAUGAUGAUGAUGAUGUACACGCAUAAUGAUGAUGAUGAUGUGCACGCAUAAUGACGAUGAUGAUGUACACGCAUAAUGAUGAUGAUGAUGUGCACGCAUAAUGAUGAUGAUGUACCUACAUAGUUUGUUUUUGCCAGAUACCAAGUGUUGCUUUUUUGAGUGUCCAUUUAUUAUGGAAGCCGACCUCUGUCUAUCUAUAUCCAGAUAAUUAUUCCUUCUUCACACGUUUGAAUUUCUAAUCCAAAAAGCUCCCAUAGUAUUUGAAUGAAUGAAUCAUCAAUAUAUAUAUAUAAUACAGAGUGGAUUAUGAUGGUAUAUCUCGGUAUGUUGCCGUACAUUAUAAUAUAGAGAUUUAUUUUUAAUUGAUGAGCUUCGGUUAUAAUUGGUUUUCUAAUGCUUCCCCAUAUUGAUGAGUCAGUAUGUGUACGUCCGUAGAGGUUUCAUUAAGGAGUGUAUCCAUCUCUCUAAUCUGUCAGCCAUUUUGAGACUCCCUGAUUCCUGUCACAAUAACCGGCUCGUAAUUCUUUCUCCUUGAACUAAAACCGGUAUUAUUAAUCUGACCAGAUGACACAUAGGAACCGUUCAAAAAGGUGAAACAUGUUCGUCCUUUCAGUUCAAUGCCUCCAUCACCGCCAUGAAAUACAGACAGAGUUUAUUGGUUAUUAUGUAAAGAACUUGCUCCCCCCCCCCCACGUCCACAGAUCAUGUCUCCACUUCAGCUCUAUUGAUUUCAGGACGAGGAACACACUGCAAUAAUAGUCCUAGAUGGUUUAUCCCAAUAGGGUUGUUAGUUAGUCAAAUUAGAAAUAUAUAGUUACUUAUGACAGUUACUGAGAUUGAUGAAGAUUUGAUCCACGUUUGAGGUGAGGUUCGUAGAACAAUAGGUAAGUAGAAUAGUACAAGGACAGGUUUUUUGUUGUUGUUUGUUGUUGGUUUGCGCAUAUUUUAAGUGGCGUAGUCAUUUCAGCAUUAAGCUCAAUUCAUUCAUUAGGCUAGCGAAGAAUCGGGCUGAUCCUAGUUACACUGAUCCUAAUUUCAGAUAAAUACGUGUGAAGCGUACAGGUUGUGUUAAAAUCGUACAUGACGUAAGUGAAAGUUUUAGUGACGUGUGUAUCUCAAAUUCUGAUUUAUUCCCAUUUGACUCCAAUUAAGAGGAUGAUCUGAUUUUGCUUUUGGCUUCAUUUCAAGUUACAUUUCAGCAUUACAUUUCAGAUAUUAGCAAACGGUUAUUGCGAAAGAUAUGGAAUCAACAAAAAAAAACACAUUGUUCUAUUCUUUUAGAACACGAUAGCUGUCCUGAAGGAUUAACAUUCAGGUGUAGCAAACCUUUACGUUUCGGACGAGUUCACCCUCCAUCUCGUUUAGCUUUUCUGUUUCAGGUGUAGCAACCUUUACGUUUCGGACGAGUUCACCCUCCAUCUCAUUUAGCUUUUCUGUUUUCCGUGUUGUUCAUUUUCUUUGAUUCGAUUUCCUUCUUUUUUUUGCCCAUUUGAAAUGUAGAGAUUGGUGUGUGUGUGUGUGUGUGUGUGUGUGUGUGUGUGUGUGUGUGUGUGUGUGUGUGUGUGGGUGUGUGUGGGUGUGUGUGUGUGUGUGGGUGUGUGGGUGUCUGUGUGUGUGUGGGUGUGUGUGUGUCUGUGUGUGUGUGUGUCAAAUCAAAAUCAGCCUUAGAAAUGAAUUUCUUCAUAUGCAGCAAGAAGGACUGACUGAAAGCCUCCCGAAAGCCCCUUCAAGGUGCAUAUUUUAGUAUAUUAUUUUGUUCGCUAUAGAGAAUGUUAUUUUUUUUUCAUUUAGUUUUUACAUUCAUGAGUGAAUUAGUACUUACAAUUGGAAUAUUGAUGAUAGUAACAAUAGUGAUAGUGAUGAUUAUAAUACCUAGAAGAAUAAUAUGGUUAUUAUAAUGGAUUCAGGGGGACAUUAUACACUGUUUGUCCUUCAUUUUUGUCUAAAUACCUGUUUCCCCCACCGCGUUCCCAAUAAAAAUGGGACUCCUCUGGUUCGCAAACAAAAUGGUUGCCAAAGUACAGCGCAGUGAAAGUUAUUUGGCUUGUCUUAACACAUUGCAGGUAUCAGACAGACGUUCAAUUGACAUGCUAAAACACAUGACAAAGAGCUAGCCUCUCUGAAAGCCACCCUAUGGGGAAGGAGGUAGGAAUAAGAGGGAUGAUACCCCAUGGGGAAGGAGGGAGGAAUUAGAGGGAUGAUACCCCAUGGGGAAGGAGGGAGGAAUUAGAGGGAUGAUACCCCAUGGGGAAGAAGGGAGGAAUUAGAGAGAUGAUACCCUAUGGGGAAGGAGGGAGGAAUAAGAGGUAUGAUACCCCAUGGGGAAGGAGGGAGGAAUUAGAGGGAUGAUACCCCCAUGGGGAAGGAGGGAGGAAUUAGAGGGAUGAUACCCCAUGGGGAAGGAGGGAGGAAUUAGAGGGAUGAUACCCCAUGGGGAAGGAGGGAGGAAUAAGAGGGAUGAUACCCCAUGGGGAAGGAGGGAGGAAUUAGAGGGAUGAUAAAUAGACUGAGAAAAUGCAGAUGGAAGGGAAAUGGUUUUCCAUCUGGAGCGGUUGGGAAAAGCCAUUGUCCUUGACCACAGCCAUUGUCCUUGACCACAGGGAACUUACAACCUAGAAAAGAGGG